AUGAAGCAAAAUAUUGGACGGGGCGAAUUUUCUCAGUUCCCCAAUUUGUCACAGACAAGCUGCCAGGAAGACGACGUGUCAACUUACGUUCAACAUUUAAAUGCCCUCUAUUCAGAUUUUGAAUCUAGGUUUGAGGAUAUUUUGACUAUGGUAAUACCACCGUGGAUAAUUAAUCCAUAUGGUGACAUAGAAGAAACGAAUGUCAUAAUACAAGAGGAACUGACUGAAGUACAAACGAAGAACUUAAGGUUCAGUUUAAAAACGGAUAUCAGCAAUUCUGGCUGCAAAACAACAUACCCGUUACUUAUCCCGUAUUAUGGAAUAUAG